UCUUUUAAGUUUUCACAGCUGGAACAGAUUGCAGGAUCGAGAUGGACACAGCACUCCUGCUGUCGGCCUCUCUGGUUGGACUUGCUCUCAUCCUGCUCUCCUUCCCAGAGCACGCUUCAUUAAACAAAUUACUUAACACCUCAGGAACUGUGUAUCUUGGGUCAGUGUAUGUUGAUGAAGCUCUUCAGAGGGCGGCUGAGCUGACUGAUGUUGCAUAUGCCCACACAAAUGAAAGGGUGAAGAAGUCUUUGUCAGAAGGAGCUUUGAGACCCAGUGACCUGCUGGCCCAGUUUAAACAGAUUGAAACCAGAACCAGGAAUCAGAUCAGGGCUGCUGAACUGCUGGACAACACAGUGGAGCUGAUCAGAGAGAUGGUCUACACCAACACUAUGGAGCAGCCCAAGCCUUACGAGCUGCUGAGUGACAGAGAUGUGGAGAAUCUGCUGCAGGUGACGGGCUGCUCCGCUGAGUUGCAGACUCUCAGCUGUCAGACAGACUGUCUGUCUGAGCGCUACAGAUCCAUCACAGGAGAGUGCAACAACAGACAACAUCCAAGAUGGGGGGCUGCAAAUAUCCCAUAUUCACGCUGGUUGCCUCCAGAGUAUGAGGAUGUGUGGGGGACACCCAAAGGAUGGGACCCCAAACACACCUACAAUAAUGUCAGCCUGCCUCCAGUGCGGCUCGUGUCGCAGGAAGUGCUGUUCACCCACAACCACAACAUUUCUGUGGACACCACUCUGUCCCAUCUACUGGUAGACUGGGGCCAAUGGAUAGACCAUGACAUGGUGCUGACACCUCAGAGCCCCAGUACGGCCGCCUUCAAGACAGGAGCUGACUGCACUCACACCUGCAGCCGAGACACCCCCUGCUUCCCCAUUCAGAUCCCCCUGUCUGAUCCUCGUAAUGGAAUCCAGAGCUGCAUGCCUUUCUUCCGCUCUGCUCCCAGCUGUGGUGCUGGAGUACUGCCUCAUCGGCUCCGAGAGCAGCUCAAUGCCAUCACCUCCUUUGUGGAUGCAAGCAUGGUAUAUGGCAGCUCUGCCAGCCUGGCCUCUGCUCUCAGAAACCUCUCCUCUCCUCUGGGCUCCAUGGCCAUCAACUCCCAACACUCUGACGAGGAGCUGGCACACAUGCCAUUCCUGCCUCGCCUGCAGGCUCACCUGGACCCUUGUGGCCCCCGAAACGCCAGCACCUCAGGGGUAUCGGACAGAUCUGUGCACCGGGAGAGCACUACAUCAUGCUUUCAAGCUGGUGACUCCAGAGCAAAUGAACAUCUGGGACUCAUCGCACUGCACACGCUCUUUCUGAGAGAGCACAACCGACUGGUCAAAGAGCUGCACCUGCUUAACCCUCAGUGGAGCCCCGACAGCCUCUAUCAGGAGGCCCGUAAGAUCAUAGGAGCCAUUCAUCAGAUCUUAACAUGGGAGCACUACCUGCCGCGGGUCCUUGGUGAAAGUGCCAUGUCUAAUCUGAUGCCUCCCUACCAGGGCUACGAUCCCGACAUAGAUCCCAGCAUCGCUAACAUAUUUGCAACUGCUGCAUUUCGUUUUGCCCAUGUCACCGUGCAGCCAGUGGUAAACAGGCUGGGGCCAGGAUACAUCCUUAACUCCCAGUAUCCCCCAUUGCCACUUCAUCAUUCACUGUUUGCCUCUUGGAGGGUUGUACAAGAAGGUGGUAUCGACCCUGUGCUGCGUGGCCUGCUGCUGUCUCCAGCCAAGUUGCAGACUCCAGGUCAGAUGAUGGUGGAAGAGUUGACAGAAAGGCUGUUUCAGGCACAGGGAGGGAUGCCUCUGGACCUUGGGGCUCUUAACCUUCAGAGGGGUCGAGAUCAUGGACUACCUGGUUACAGCUCAUGGCGAAGGUUUUGUGGCCUCUCUGUUCCCAACACUACAUCAGAGCUGGCUGAAAUUUUGGGUAACUUUACUUUGGCUCACAAAUUCCAGCUCUUAUACGGGACUCCACACAACAUUGAUGUGUGGGUGGGGGCCAUCUCUGAGCCCGCUCUGCCUGGAGGCCGAGUCGGUCCACUCCUGUCCUGCCUCCUGGCCAGACAGUUCAGAGCACUGAGAGACGGAGACAGGUUUUGGUGGGAGAGGAAAGGGGUAUUCACCAGCACCCAGAGGAGAAGCCUGCACAACAUCUCUCUGUCUCGCAUCAUUUGUGACAACAGCCACAUCAGUCGUGUCCCCAUGGACCCGUUCUCACACACCAAGAGCCCAGAGGACAUGCUGACCUGCUCCCACCCCCUCAUCCCUCACCUUGACCUCAGCCCCUGGAAAGAGCCAGACACUGAUCCCAGCUGUGGUCCAAUACCAAGGAUUCAGUCCGGCUACUCUCUGCUCUGCAACUCUAUGAUUCUCUAUCAGUGUCAGUCUGGCUUCAGGCUGCUGGGUUCUCCGUCAGUCAGCUGUGAUCCAAACAGCCAGCAGUGGAGCUCCCCUCUCCCAACAUGUCAAGAUAUCAAUGAAUGUGAAGAAAUGAUUUCUCCUUGUCCACAACACCUGGAAUGUUUCAACACAGCAGGCUCCUUUAUUUGCUCCGAGCCAUCUUCGCUGUCUGUUGUCUCCAUUGUCGCUGCAGUGAUAGUAGUGAUUGUUGGCGCAGCCGGGCUGGCGAUGAUCAUGAUCUGUUAUCGAAGAUAUUUUCCCAAGACAGAAGAGCUGAUCGCUGCAGAAUGUUGCCAGGGGAACGGUUGAAGUUUUAAUUUUCAUGUAAUAUCUCUGCAUCCCUUUGGUUUAUGUAAAGAACUUACUGUACUAUUUUGUCCUGUUAAUUUAUAAAAAGCUAUGUCACACCAAUGCUGAGCACAUCAGCGCUUAGUUAUUUAAGCAUUGUUGUAGAUGGAUAUUGAUCAGGAUAACUAAACACAUUCAACCUGUAAAACAUGGCCAACUUCACAUUUUGUUCCCUAACUACACAUCAUGAUAGAGCCCAGCCUACGCAUUUGUAAACUCCAAGCCAAACCGUUUCAAUCCGGAAACUAAAGCCUUGUUUGUUCCUAAAACAGAUUUUCAGACCAUAAGGCACCUUUGAGCUGGUCUUAGUGUUUCCUCUGUGUUGUUGAGCCUGAUUUCUGUAAACAAACUGUUGGGCAACAGUGGGUGUGUGUCAGGGUGGCCGAGCAGUUCCCAGUAAUGGCCUGAAAACAUAUCAGUGACAUUUCCUGAGUGUUGUGCUGGGUUAAAAUUAAUGACAAUGAGAUGAGUCAUCAACUUUGUGUACAACAGGGACCUAUAAAUAACACACAGUACAAAGGUGAGAGUCAGGCUAC